CCUGACAGGGGAAGGAGGGAGGGAUGUUACUGCGGCUCUGCAUCAUUACUGUCUGUGUCUGAGAGAGAGAGAGAGAGACAGAGGACUCCUGCAAGUUAGAAGGAUCUCUGCAUUUUACAACUGCGGGCAGCCUCAGAGAAGACAGGGACAUCUCAUUGAACCUUUGCAGCUCCUUUGUCACAAUUUAAACCCGAACGCGUACAGAAACACGCAGUUGCCGGGAUAACUUCAUUGAGCGGAUUGUUUUUGGUUUAUUUGUUUUUUUAAAACUCUCUCAAGGUGGUGGUGGGUGGAGGGGGUUUGUAGGAGGUUGGAAGGGGGUGGGUGUGUGUGUCGAGAUGAGAGUUGGAAGGUGCCAGGUUGCAGAUGUGGUGGUGUCCGAGGCCAGCGCUGGCUGGGAGCUUGCAGCUUGAGCACUCGGCGGACGGAUCGAUACCGCUGCAAAAGUGACCGCAUUAAGCCGGGCGCCCCAGGACCUCACCGACGCCUUCGAGGGAGCGGAAAACAAGCCCGGACAUGGGCAACAGCUUCUCCAACGUGUCGGCGUUUCAGUCCCUGCACAUCGUCAUGCUGGGGCUGGACUCGGCGGGCAAAACCACUGUCCUGUACAGGCUCAAAUUCAACGAGUUCGUCAACACGGUGCCCACCAUCGGCUUCAACACCGAGAAGAUCAGACUGGGCAACGGCACCACCAAGGGGAUCAGCUGCCAUUUCUGGGACGUGGGCGGCCAGGAGAAGCUGAGACCCCUCUGGAAGUCGUACAGCCGCUGCACCGACGGUAUCAUCUACGUGGUGGACUCGGUGGACGUGGACCGCCUGGAGGAAGCCAAGACCGAGCUGCACAAGAUCACCAGGAUCUCGGAGAACCAGGGCACCCCGCUGCUGGUCAUCGCCAACAAGCAGGACCUGCCCAAGUCCCUGCCGGUGGGAGACAUCGAGAGGCAACUGGCGCUGCAGGAGCUCUGCCCCUCCACCCCUUGGCAUGUGCAGCCCGCCUGUGCCAUCAUUGGAGAAGGGCUGCCCGAGGGCAUGGACAAACUGUACGAGAUGAUUGUGAAACGGAGGAAAGCCCUGAGGUCGAAGAAGAAACGCUGACUCCACACGUAGGUUAUCUGUGAGAAAGAAAACGUGUUGCAGCGACAAAGUGUGUGAUUUAGAGCUCCAAAGGUACUGUAGAAAAUGUGCAGAUCAAUCUAUAUUAUAGAUUAUAUAUAUAUUUAUUUAAGAUAAAUAAUAAGACAUCCAUCAGAUUGUUAUGGCGUGAUAAGACUGUUGCAAGAAUGCAAAGAGCCAGGAUUUGAACCCAGUUUAAUUGCACCACACUCAGGACACUGGAUGUUGGUGCUGGGCGCACUGCACCGGGGAGGGGAUUGCACACUGGAGGGGUUUUAUUUUUUGCGAAAGAACUGUUGGAUGCGCUGAGGGGUUUUAUGCUCGUUUGGUUUCCCCUCCUGGCAAGCCCACCGACCUUAUGAGACUGUGUCGCCACGCAUCACCCCGGGAAGAUGAAGAGAUUGCCUGGUCACUUUAAGACUGUUCUCAAGUGUAGGACGUUUUCGAAUACAUUUUGUACAAAAAAGAGAAAGAAAAUCCCAUCCAGUAUUUGUGUUUUCGAAAAUGGAUCCACCGUCCGAUUCGCUGCGUUUUUUUUGUUUUGUUUGUCCCUACUUGGCUUCGACCGAUGGAAAAACGGCGUGUAACCGAGGAUAAGAAGUGAGAUUCAGCUUUCGGUGGGUUUAAUGGAACCUGUUGUAAAAGUCGCUUGUGAGCUCUCUGAGAGAAUCAGUGGGCAGGACGCAGAUCUGAGAAAGAUGGGCUACGGUGCAGAAAGGAGGCCCUUAUCUUUUGUAGCUACACUUUGGCUAUGCCCUCUUAAGUUUAACAUUUUUUUUAGUCGAUUAUUAAACUGAACUAGGUAAGGCUGGCCCUCACCUUUAAUUCAUCCAUGUACUCUAUGUAUUUAUCUGCAUUUGGUAUUUUAAACAUGUCUUUUACCAACAUAGUUGGCGGUAAGGAUGAUUUAUGAUCUUGGGAUAAUAAAACAAACCCUUGUGAUAAAAGAA